GUCCUCUAUAGCUCUCCUCCUUCCUCCUCCAUUCAGGAGAGAGUUUCCAUCUUUCUUAAUUUCCCCUCUCAGAUCAAACUCUCCUUUCUUUCACAUUGAUCUCCAGAUCUGGUGGGCCUUUGAUCUGAAAACAUUUCCAGGAGAAUUAUUAUUUGGAAACCCAUUGAGAAGACGGCUGAAUUUUGUUCAUAAUUUUGAGAUCAAUGAUGAAAUCGAGCCAGAAGGAUUCGGAGAGCCGAGCCUUGCCCAAGUUCAUGGUCGGCCUCAUCGUCUUCGUCAGCGCCACCUACGUCAUCUACACUCUCAAGCUCGUCACAUCGCCGGCCGGCCGCUGUGACGACGACCCCCUCUUCACCGCCACCACCGUCUCCGCGAACCGCCUCUCCAACGCCACCGAAUUGCCGCCGGCGAUCGAGGCCAACGACUCGGAGUGGAGCGUCCCGGGAUACGAGCGGACGGAGCUCCGUCACGUGGCCUUCGGCAUUGCCGGGUCGGCCCGGCUCUGGGAGAACCGGAAGAACUACAUCAAGCUGUGGUGGAAGCCGGCGGAGAUGCGCGGCGUGGUGUGGCUCGACAGCCCGCUGAACGAGAGCGAAGCUGGGGACGACCUCCCGCAUGUCAAAAUCUCCGGCAACACCGACCAGUUCUCGUACUCCAACCAGCAGGGCUUGAAGCUGGCCAUCCGGAUCUCCCGGAUCGUCUCGGAGACCUUCCGGCUGGGCCUGAGGAACGUCCGGUGGUUCGUGAUGGGCGACGACGACACCUUCUUCGUCACCCAGAAUCUGCUGACGGUGCUGAACAAGUACGAUCACAACGGGUACUAUUACAUCGGCGGCAACUCGGAGAGCCAUCUGCAGAACAUAUACUUCUCGUCGAGCAUGGCGUUCGGCGGCGGCGGCUUCGCCAUUAGCUACCCGCUGGCGAAGGCCAUCGAGAAGUUUCAGGACCGGUGCAUUCAGAGGUACCCCGGCUUGUUCGCGUCCGACGACCGGAUGCAGGCUUGCAUGGCAGAGCUGGGCGUGCCGCUGACCCGAGAACCCGGAUUCCACCAGUUCGACGUGUUCGGGAACCUGUUCGGGAUACUGGCAGCCCACCCGGUGGCGCCGCUGGUGUCGAUGCACCACCUCGACGUGGUGGAGCCUAUCUUCCCGAACUCGACAAGGGUGGCGGCGCUGCAGCGGCUGCAGAUCCCGAUGGGGCUCGACCCGUCGGCCAUCGUCCAGCAAUCCAUUUGCUACGACAAGGAGAAGAAGUGGACAGUAUCGGUGUCGUGGGGCUUCGCCGUCCAAAUUAUUCGCGGCGUCCUGUCGCCGCGGGAGGUGGAGAUGCCGGCGAGGACAUUCCUGAACUGGUACAAGAAAGCCGACUUCAUGGCCUAUUCAUUCAACACCCGACCAGUGGCUAGAAACCCUUGCCAGAACCCCUUCAUCUUCUACAUGUCCAAGGCCCGGUUGGAUUCCUUAACCAAUCGAACACUCACAGAGUACUCCAAGCAUCGUGUUCCGCAUCUUGUCUGCAAGUGGGAGAUGCCCGAUCCUGCUGACAUCGACACUGUUGUUGUUUACAAGACACCCGAUCCUCGUCUCUGGGACAGGGCUCCAAGGAGAAACUGCUGCAGGAUGAUGGAAUCAGUGAGAAGAGGCUUGUUGGUGUUAGAUGUGGGCUUGUGCAUGGAAGGAGAGGUCUGUGAAAUAUAGACACAAAUUAAGGACCAAAUGAUAAGGAUAUUCUUCUUCUUGUUUCAAAGCUUUUAUGUUUUUGAUAUUUCCCUUAACUCAAUUUCGUAUUAUUUUGUAAUAGCACGGCUUCAAAAACCCUUUCAUAGUUUUUAUUUUUUAGUAAAAUAAUAGAGAUUUUUUUUUUCAUUUAUUAUAGCUCUUUAAAGACGUAUGUGCAGAGUGAA